AAUCUAGAACUGGAGACGCUUCGUCCUAGUUUUGUUUACAAACACGACCUACUUUUAUGUUUGGGUCACUAUAUAGGACAUGAAUUAACCAAGUAAGUUCGCUUUGUGCUUCGAUAGAGUUCUUGGAGUUAACUAAAUUAAGGUAUUUGUUUGACUGGCCCUCGUGUAAUUGCGGAGAAUGAGAGCCGUGAAGGAGGUGUACCAGGGGAAAAAACAGCGAGAGGGUGGAGGUUUCGUCGUCCGCCGCGCCCUUGGUGGAGCCACGCCUUCAUGUGACCCUUUCCUCAUGCUUGACCAUUUCGGGCCACAAACGUAUGGCCCGGGGGAGGCUAUAGGGGCCCCCGAUCACCCCCACAGAGGAUUCGAGACUGUCUCUUACAUUAUCACCGGUGAAACAUGUCACAAGGAUUCGCAGGGAAACUCUGGUAACCUGGGUCCGGGGUGGGUUCAGUGGAUGACGGCCGGAAGUGGAGUGGUCCAUUCGGAGAUGCCGUCUCCCAAGAUGCAGCGGGAUGGCGGCACCAUUGAGGGGUUUCAACUCUGGGUCAACCUGCCUGCAAAGGAUAAAAUGACAGCUCCGCGUUACCAAGACACUCCACCGGAGAAAAUUCCUGUUGUCAAGACAACCGAUGGCAAGGUCACGGUCAAGGUCAUCGCUGGAGAAUCGCUUGGUACUAAAGCUAUCAUAUCCACCCGCUCACCAAUGAUGUACCUGGACAUCCGAUUGACCCCGGGGUCAGAGUUCACACAGCACGUGCCGGGGUCGCAUGACGGGUUUAUUUACGUUUGGGGUGGAACAGCAACGGUGGGCACAAAUAAGAAGACAGUAACAUUCGGUCAGACGGCUGUUUUAGGAGGAGGGACUGAAAUCUCUAUCGCAAACAAGACUAAUGAAGAGUGCCGGGUCUUGCUUAUUGCCGGCGAGCCUUUGAAGGAACCAGUGGCCUGGCAUGGACCUUUUGUUAUGAACACGCAGGAAGAAAUCAAUCAGGCAUUUUUGGACUACCAAAGUGGCAAGCUAGGGAAGAUCCCGGGGGCGGCGGAGAGACAGCGACAGACGGAGGCGGCCAGGCAGACGCAGAAAAAUACCGGAACCUGGAACAGGAAGUAACGUCAUGUUUCGUUGUGACAUUGUUGAUUUUAUUGGUUUAUUUUUGUGCACUUUAUUUAUGUUUAGUAUCCAUGCAGUGACCGUUGCACGUGCAAACAUGUUAUUUGAUAAGACACUGACUUAGUUAUUGAACAACAAAAAAGUAUAAUGUUAUAAUUAUAUUCGAAAUGUGAUCAUUGUGUGUGUUGUGUUUAAGUUUGUGUUAACAUUUAUUGCUUAUGCAUGUUAUUCGUCAGUGUAUUGUAAAUGAGUAAAACAUGAUGGAUUUUUAUAAAAAAUAUUAAAAAUGAUGUUUGAUUAAAAAUUCCGUUUUCGUUUUAGAUAUACCGACUGCAAUGGCGUUUGUUAACACUGUUCAAUGUAGAUCUAUCGUUUAUAGUGAAAAUUGUAAAUAUUUUAAUCUCUGCUAUCAACAAGGGACAUUACUUGUAUGAUGUUUAUAAGCUUAUGGAUUAUGGUUUAGCCUCCCUUUGCGUAUUGUCCUGGUUCUGGUGAAUGGGCUUAUGUCCACAAGCGACCCUUGAAAUGCAAAUGUUCAGUAAAAUGACUUGUAAUUGGACUAAUCAUGAUUGCUCCAUCCCUGUUAUUUGAGAUGCUUACAAAAGAACCUAAGCUAUAACUGAAACUUCAUUUUUUUCCAACCAAUUUGUGUUGUUGGUGAUCCAAUAUUGGUUGGAAUCAUUCGAAAGGUUUUUGUGUGCACCAUCAAGCAUUAUUUUUACCGAAACUAGAUAGUAUAUAUAUAAAUGAUAUGUAUGUCUAUGCAUAUUAUAAUUUUGUACUGUU